UGAAUUUUGAAAAAAAUUGUGAAAAAAAUCAACAAAUAAAACAAACAACACACCUUUAACUGCAACUUAGAUCUCAAAAGGAAAAGAAGUUAACGCUCCAAAAUGUCCGAAACCCAUUAUGAUGAAUAUGAGCACUACAACUUUGACCAUGACAAGCACAUUUUCUCCAGUCACAGUGGCAAACAACGUUCGAAAAAGGAGGCUACUGAGCAUACCAAUCACUUUGAUCCUUCUGGCCACUCGAGAAAAAUUCUUACCAAACUCAUGAAUACCAACCACAACAAUAACAAGAAGGCUUGCAAAAACUGAUGUCAGGUCAAUCAAGACUUAAUUGAAGAAAGUAUCCAGCAAAAGGAGAGAAAAGUAAAGUGUGAAAGGAAAUCAAAGCGAAUUUAAAGGUUAUAAAAAGAAAGAAAAACGUCCGACCGAGAGAGUCUACUCAUAGGAGAAAAGGCAAAAAUUAAAAA